GCAAAAGUACAGUGUGUCAUUAGAGAGCAGCGGAAGGCUGGAGCUUCGGAAUUACAAGCCCUUACUCACAGGUGACUGCACCCAACCCGGCCACAUUGUUCUCUCUGACUCUUUGGAGCUGGCAGACAUCAUUUUGUCACAGGUCACAUAACUGGUCCAUGUGCUGGUGAUACCCAGGCUACUAAGGUUCACAAGGUUAAAAACAUUUCCUCUCAAGUGCAGAGAAGCUGACCAUGUCCCUUCCACGUCAGCUGAGAGAUGAAAGUGAUUUUGAACAGUUACCAGAAGAUUUUCCUGUAUUUGCUCAUAUUGCAGACAUGGAGGAAAGGAGAGGCUUCUCUCUGUACUAUACAUUUGUAAUUGAAGUAAAAACAAGAGGCGGCGGUAAGUAUUUCAUACACCGGAGAUACAGCCAGUUCCUCACUCUGCACACAAAGCUGGAAGAAAACUAUGGCCCUGAAAAUGGUAUGGCCCCUUACAUCUGCAUCCUUCCUGAACUGCCAUCAAAGAUUUAUGUUGGAAACAAGAAAGACAUUGCAGAGUCUCGCAUCCCCCUUCUUAAUGGCUACAUGAAGGUGCUACUGAACUCUCCUGUUUGGCUCCUAUUGGAUGAAGAUCUGCGGAUGUUUUACUACCAGACUUCGUCUGAUAGUGAGAGGAUCCCCCAUGCCCUUCGGAGACUACGUCCUGAGACGCGCAAACUCAAGAAAGAAUCCCAACCAAUUUCUGAUGGGGACAGACCAAGAGCCGAGGCACUCUUUGAUUUUAAGGGAAAUGAAUCUAUGGAGCUGAAUCUUAAGUGCGGUGACCUUAUAUAUCUCUUGAGUUGGGUCAACAGGGAAUGGCUAGAGGGGACUGCAGGGAACAGGACAGGCAUUUUCCCAGCAUCAUUUGUGAGGAUAAUUAAGAAACUUCCAGAAGAGCAGUACCAGGUCAGCUUGCUGCGCUGCUAUUUUCACGACCAUGACAUAUGCCUGAUCAGAGACAUCUCUUUAGAGGAAGAUGUUGGGAAAUGUCCCUCUUAUAAGGAGCUGCUGGAUUUAAUAAGGAACCAGUUUCCUGAUGCAGAGGUAGCCCUAAAUAUGAGAGACACAGACGGAGAGAUGAUUCGGCUAAUGGACAACAGUGAAAUGGAGCUUCUCAUUACACGGGGGAAACGGACCCCUCGGGCAAAAAACUACUUUCCCUGGGAGUUACAUGUAACCCACAAGGAUGAUUUUGAGGUCUACAAGACUGGGUCAUGAGCAAUGUUGAAAGCUUAAACAUUUAGGGGGUGACUUGCUAAAAUUGGAAAGUUCAACAUUUUGCAUUGGGUUCAACACAUUCCUGAAAGUAAGGAAACAAACAAUUUGGCACAUUUGGCACAAAGCAGAUCAGUAUAUAAAUUUGUCAUAAUUUUUUUAAUUGCGUUGAAGUGUUGAACACCAUUCUCUUCUAUGGGGUGGUAGAGCUCAGUGAAACCACAGAGCUCUAACAUCCCACUGACUCAUUAAUCUAAAAACAAUCAGGUAUAAAAAUGAAUACUGAGUAAUGAGUAAGAUGAUAGCAGUGCAAAUGAAUAGGUAGAAUACUAAUUCUGAAAUGUUGUAACACAUAGGGGCAGAUUUAUCAAGGGUCGAAGUGAGUUUUCGAAGUUAAAAACUUUGAAUUUCGAGCUAUA